AUGAUUGAUUCCCCAAAAAAUUCGAUUUCAGUACAGUGUACAGGAAGAUACGUUCAGCCAGCUCGUGUCGAGUCUUAUGCACCAGAGAGAACUUACUGUCCACCGACCAAACCCCUCGAUGCAAACACGACGUACCAUUUGUCGUAUUUGAAACAAACUAAUUUUGGUCGACCUGAGUCAUGCCGGCCGAAACAGAGCAUCGAAAGAAUAACAGGAGGAAAAUUUGAGGAUGGAACGACGAGUAAAAUGAGUUAUCAACCCGUAUGGGGGGUCGUGAGAGCGAAACCGAUUUUACCUCGUCGAAGGUUCGUCACUCCUCGAGGUAAAAUGGAUUGUAUAUCGGAAGCCCGACAGGCUUACUCAGCGAAGACAAUACGCGAAAGGCCCGAAAUAAUAAUUCCUUGUGGAAAUAUUCGAACGUCUUCGGGAGCUCUCGACGCCUCAACGACAUCCGGUUUAUCCUAUUUGAAUCCAGGCUUCGUACACCGAACUCCGAGUUUCAAGCCCACGCUGCGUUAUUCUCCGCCCAAAGAACCAACGGCCAAGGACACCACUUCAAAAUUGAGUUAUCAGCCACUUCCUGUCGCGAGAAGAGAGACUUACCCUUGGGCUAUGAAGCCGGUUUACAAUACGGAUCGAAAAAGACCUCCGGAAGCGGCGAUGGCUGCUCAAACCACUUACUCCAAGAGUUUCUUGGCGGACGGUCUCGUUCCCACCAGAGAAAAACCGUUUGCGCCAAGGCCUACGAUGACCCUCUUGAGUGACGAAAAAUUCGUAGGGAAAACGAUUUACAGCGAGAGUUUUCUGCCCUGCGAAUCAGAAGUGAUCGUUCCAGUCGUUCCUACGGAUAAUAUUGCUCUGUCCAACGAUAAAAUGGCCUGCGACACGACGAGCAAACUGAGUUAUCAACCCGUCAAAAUGGAAAAACGCCCAGCGAUUCGUCCCACCACGAAAAGCACCCUUAUGGAUGGACCGAUGCAAACGGAAACGACGAAUCGACACGAUUUCGUUCCAGUCAGCGUUCCACGACCGGAAGUCAUCGUACCUUGUGAUAAUAUUCGUACGCGAGACGACGUGCCCUUGGAAGGUCGAACAACAGCUGGACUCUCUUACAUCGAUCCUGGGCCUGCGGUACCAGUGCAGAGCUUCAAGCCUCGGGCUGAAUAUAUGAAGCCAAGUGCAAAGAUUGAUUCGGAGACGGUAAACAAACUUUCGUACCAGUCCUGGGGUCCAGUACCCAAACAAGGCUCUUUGAAGCCUCGACGAGAUGAGUAUCAGUUGCCCAAGGAACGUAUGGCAUCGGACACGAUCUAUCACAUGAGUUUUCCAAUGCCUGGUUACUUCAUCGAGGAAGAUUGUGAACCGUCGGGCGACGCUCAGUCCGUAGAUGUUUCAUCGUCUACGGAUGUGCCUAAAACUGAUGACGCUUUUAGAAAUUCUUAAUCACUAAAUUUUCAUAAUUUAUACAUAGAAUUUGAACAUUUUUAUGGAAUACAAGAUUUUUAGUUACCGAUCGUACGCAAUCGUGUACAGCUUGACUCAAAUUAAUGGCUGUCAUUGCCCAUCGUCCGGUUGUCACUAGGACAGAAAAAUCCUGAACAAUUUUAAAAAGUGGGAAGCACGUUACAGGAUUCGAAAAUUUGAUUUUAUGCAUUUUUUUACUCAACUGGACAGUCGUUUCAAGACUUGAUAAAUUCCAUUCCGCGG